UGCAGGGACGAAAUGCAUCUGCAUUCGGUAACGAAAAUCUUACUUUCGAUAGUGUUAGCAGCGUCAGACCUCAUUGCAACGGAUUGGGUCGAGAUACCCUUUCUGCAACCAUCGACGACCACCCAGAAAUCGACGGUCAUCCGGAAGAAUAUCAACCAACCGUCCUUUCUCGCCAACUCUAACCUUAUCCAUCACGUGCUUCCCUCGGCGGCGAUUGCCGCCGAGUCUAGUUCAGCUGAAUCGGAGGAGGAUGCCGGGAUCGGCAGUGUUGAGUCAAUUUCCUCAAAUAACGGAGAUUCCCACAGAUUGUACUUGAGACCGUUUGCUACGGCCACCCCGCCACCUGGUAGUAGAGUCAGUGAUUUGUUGGAUUUUGCACAAUUUACCUGGAGUUCGACUUCGGAACAACCGGUGGUCGAUUCGUUUGCCAACAACAAGCCGGGGCGGUAUGCGAACUUUCAGAAGCGAUUCUUCGAACAUCCGCGUGGUAAUGUGUCCGCUGGACAGGAGUUGUGGUUCCCGCCGGAACGAGGGGAACACAAGUUUGUGACAGCCAACCGUGCCGAAUUUCCGAGCCACCUCGGCGAAGACCGCGAACCUCCGAGUAACAAGUACGAGGAAGAAUCCAUCGAAUACCUUAACCCAGACGUAACUACACCACACCCGAAGUUAACCGCACAGUUUGUUAAUCACCGGGUAGAACUCCCGGCGGAGAAAGAUACAACGAGCACCGAACGCGAUCAUAGUUCAAAAGAGAAGAUCACUAACGACUCCGCUGGUUCGAGCGAGGAACCUCCCACCGAGGUACAGUUCCCGGACUUUGACGAUUACGAUGCUGCUCAGGAACAGCUGUCGAAUUCGUUUCGCAAUGUUAGCAUCGUCAAGCGGAGACGAAGGCCGCUAGCUCCAGGACAUGUAACGAUCGUUCGGGUGAUUCCGCCAAGGCGUCGUCUGCGACCUGCUGGCGUCGAAGGUGAAGGUGGCUUUUCCAGUUUUUUGAAGUUUCUCAAGCGAAUGCAGGACCGAUUUAUGCUGAAGACGGCUAAGAAUAUCGGCGAUAAGAUUCGGGUGUUGCAGAAUCUUAGGGAUCAAUUGCUGUUGAGUAUAGAGAAUCGAAUAUCAGCUCUUUGGGGUAAGCCGUCUGCGUCUGACGCACAGGGAGAUAUUGAGGAACCGGUCGGCCAGCGUCGGGUGAAGCGAGGAGGAGGCUGGAUGGAUCAGUACCCGACGAGUGGCCAUGGAGGAAUGGAUUUCCCUUCGGCAGAGGCAGCCCUGCUAACGAUUUCCUUUCUGACGUUUGCCGUGUUUCUCAUCAAGUUGGUUCUGCAAGUGAUCAACACGAUCAAGGCGAAGCACUACACUUACAGUACACUGACCGGGAUUAAUGCAGGUACUGGAACCACGCUGAAACUGGUGAAACGGGGCAAACGAAGCUCACCGAUGGGGGAUCUCUCGAAUCACAACUUGGACGUUCUGAGUGCUAUUAAUAAUUACAAGUUGACGUAAGUGGUUGUCUUGAAUAGGAGUUUCUCGAAUAAUUUUAUUUGUGAUGACUGACCUGAAUCA